AGGAACAGUUUCAUAAAUUGUCCUAGACCUCGCGCCAUGGGGUUUCGUGGUGGUAGAAACAUACUAGUUUGGGGAUUACGGGGUGUGGCAGGGGUAGGAGUGCUAGGACCUUGCGUAUGGUGGGCUGGUUGGGCCACCGCCAGACAAAAGACUUUAUCCAAAGAAAUUGCAUGGUCAGUCCCAUCCAUUGUUAUUGACGGAGGCUUGGUCCGUUUCUUGCGUUCCUUGGGACACGGACUGGCCAUAUCCCUGGAUUACAAGUACAACUUGUGGGGUUUGGAGGACACCUCGGAGCAAUAUGGAGAAGUUCUCGGCGCUAUCCAUCUCCGAUCUGCCCAGCGAUUAUUGAGAGGCUGUUUGAGUAAUGGAGGUCUUUACAUCAAGUUUGGUCAGGGUCUGGUAUCCAUGAACCACGUGCUUCCCAAAGAGUACUUGAACACCUUGAAAGUGUUGCAAGACAAGUGUCUAACCAGAAGAUCCGAUACUGAGGUAGACGAAGUGUUCCAGGGGGAUUUUGGUCGAACCCCUGACGAAAUGUUCCGGAGCUUUGACCGGACGGUUAUCGCUGCGGCCAGUCUUGCGCAGGUCUUUAAGGCUGUGACUCAUACGGGUGAGGAAGUGGCUGUUAAAGUCCAAUACAUUGACCUGCGAGAUCGCUUCAACAGCGAUGUUCCCACCAUGGAGACCAUCCUCAAGAUCAUCGAGAUCAUGCACGCCAAAUUUGCCUUUGCUUGGGUCCUCUCCGAUCUGAAAGAGACGCUAGCUCGAGAGCUUGAUUUUGAGGCUGAGGCCAAAAAUGCGGAAAAAUGCGCCUCGGACCUCGCCAGCUUGCCCUACAUCUAUGUUCCCAAGAUUUUUUGGUCCAGCACAAGCAAACGGAUUCUCACCACGGAGUUCAUUGACGGUCUAAAAAUAUCUGACACCGAGGAACUCCGUGAGGCCCAAUUCGAUUUGAAGGAGAUCGAUCAGAAGCUGAUUGCCGCGUUCGCUCACCAGAUCUUCCAUACGGGUUUCGUCCAUGCGGAUCCACAUCCGGGAAACCUCCUAAUCCGUCGUAAACCAGGGAAACCCAAUCAAACAGAAAUUGUCGUCCUGGAUCACGGCUUAUACGAGACACUGCCCAAGAUAUCCCGGGUAGCUCUCUCCAAGAUUUGGAGAGCUGUGGUCGAAAAUGACCAUGAGGGAAUGCAGAAGUGGUGUCGAACUAUCGGGGCCAAUGACUACCGACUCUUCUGUAUGGCAUUGACCCAAAGAUAUGUCGCUCCCACCGAAGAAGAGCGCCAAACCGACUUCCUCUCGCAAUUCAUGGACAAGAAUGGCCCCAAAGCGUUUUCCCGCAAACAAUUCAAUCUAUUGCCAGAAGACGAAAAGCAACAACUUCGAGAAGCCAUCGCCGACUUUCACGAUCGGAUGUUCGAUGUAUUCCAAAAUGUUCCCAGUCACCUGGUUUUGAUCUUCAGAAACCUGAACACCAUUCGGGCCAUCAUCAAGGACCACGAAACGAAAGUGGAUCGCUAUCAGAUCAUGGCUCGCAGUGCCACAGUGAGCGAUUUCCAAGUGCAGUCGAAUCAUUGGAGUGAAUAUGCCCUGAUGUCCUGGUAUCGUCUGAUCUUUGACCUCAGAUUGUGGGUGGACAGCGCCAAGAUGUCGGUUCUUGGAACAAUCGCGGGACUUCUCUCCUGGAUAGGGUUUCGCCCGGAUUUUAUGAAUGAAGAUGAACUGAAAAGCCAGAGUGCAUUGCCGGCUAAAUGAGCGAAUCAAGACUGUUGAAAUGGAAUAUACCAGUUCGGUCGUUCACCCUGAAUAGCUAGCUAAUUGUUUAUUUCUCUCAUUCCCUAUCUUGGGAUAUAUUGAAUUGUUUUUCGAUCCCUUAG